AUGUCUACAUCCCGAUAUGCACAAGUGGAGAACAGUAACAACCAAAGACUAGUCGAACUGGCGUCCAAGCUGUCGACUUUCAGAAAUGUGAACGCAGAAAUAGGAAACGAAGCACGCGCUGACACCUCCGUUAUGGACCAGAUGCAAAAUCAGUUCGACUCCAUGGUGCUAAAAGUCAAAAACUCGUCAUCCCGGCUGACCAGGUCUAUGAACGCAGGGAACAACAUCUGGCGAAUGGUUGGCCUCUCACUUCUGAUAUUCUUUAUUGUAUACUUUCUAUUCAAAGUUUUUUAG